CAGACGGCCGGAAGAGACAAUCUAACUGGAUAUCUUCUCGCACGAAUCCGACGGUUCUGAAGUCAUCUUUUCCACAGGAUAAAGGCGCUGCCUGCAGAAAUCACACCUGUGCUAUUGAUGAGAUGUGCGUUCCAGCUGCCCCGGCAUACGUUUGUGUAAAACAUGAAUACAGCACUGUGAGAUGCCCGGAGCAAUGGGGUCGACGGGAUGAUCUGUGUUUCCGGAUGUUCAGAGAGGGUAAAACUUGGACUGAAGCCAAGGAUGUCUGCGCCAGUAAUGGGGGACAGCUUCUGUCGUUGGAAUCAGAGGAUGAUUAUCUAUUUCAUGAAUUUUGGAUCACUUUCCACUUGAGAAUGAAAUCCUCACAUCCUAUAUCCGGAGAAAUCUGGACAGGUUUUCCCUAUUCAUCUGUCCUGCCAGGUUGGGUAAAUUCUCCAAACCAUGUGACAAGUGGGUCUGACUUGUGCAUGAGUUUGUUUUAUAGGCCAAGAAACCACGGUUUUGUUAAUACUACCACGAUCGAAAACUGGAAAACUGUCAGCUGCAAAGAAAAAAAUGUCUUUCUGUGUCAAACUCGGGCUCCUGGUUACUGGCCAUGACAGCAAACUUCCAGCAGCAUGUCUCUGUGGACAGGGGUCUUUAUAACCUUAUACAUGUUGUGGACUCAUUUUAAGUACAUACAUUAUCCUACGUGAAGAUUCGGACAAGUUAUAUGCCUAUCCUAUCCUUUGCUUUGAUUGUGAGAGUUCUUCCGUGUCUUCUACGAAGGGGACAUGUCAGAGUCGAAAUUUGCAACCCCCCAUUGCACCACUUGAGAUCUUUUCAUUUCCUAUCAUUCCUGUCUUCUUUCUUUUUCUAUCUACUGUGUUGCAGGCGGUGUCUCCCUAGGCACCCGUCCUUAUAUGAC